GUAGUUUUAUUAUUUACACACAAUCACCUCUCUCUGCAAGCCGCCUCAUAACUCUGCUCUCGGUCUCAGACUCGUUGGAGAGAGACAGAGGACUGAAAAAAGCGUGGGCUUUUGAGAGAGAGAGAGAGAGAGAGAGAGGGGAGCCUAGCUGAAGAUGUAGAGUACUGGGCAGCUAAAUAAAGAAAGAGAGCUUAUAGAUACAGAGAAGGAACUUAAUGUGCACGCCAAUACAGAGGGGAAAGCAACAGUCCAACUCUGCAAAUGGCAAGUUAGGGUUUUCGAAAUUCGUAUUCUCUCCAUCGCUUCACUGAGUUCCACACUGCCAUAGAUUAAGAGCGUCCUUGCUUACACUCUCACCGGAAAACAAAGUUUGUAAUUUGCUGCAGAAAUGUUGGAAUACGAAUGGGGAAACCCAUCAACGAUGAUGCUCACCGGAGACGAACCCACCCAAGACCCUGACCAGAACCGCCAAAUUUUCGAUCAUUACACCGCUCAAUCAUUCAACGACAACCUCGUUCAACAACCCACAACUUUAUUUCACCACCCGGCUACACAUCAAGUAAACUCCCUUUAUGACCCACGAGCAUACGCCGGUGCCGCCUCAUACACAUCUCCCCAUCCUUCCCUCCUCUCCCUUGACCCCAUCACCAACCCCGCCGGAGCUGGUCCCUCAUAUUUCCUCGUUCCAAAGUCCGAGGAGGUUUCUCGACCCCCAGAUUAUACUGCUAGGAUUGGGCUGAAUUUGGGCGGUCGGACCUACUUCUCGUCAGCGGAAGAUGAUUUCGUGAACCGCCUCUAUCGCCGGGCCAGACCAGUAGAGGCCGGUUCGUCAAACGCACCCAGGUGCCAGGCUGAGGGGUGCAAUGCCGAUCUGACCCAUGCCAAGCACUACCAUAGGCGCCAUAAGGUCUGUGAAUUCCACUCCAAAGCGUCCACAGUCAUAGCUGCCGGGUUGACUCAGCGAUUCUGCCAGCAGUGCAGCAGAUUCCAUCUUCUUUCAGAAUUUGAUAAUGGGAAGCGCAGUUGCAGAAAGAGAUUGGCGGAUCAUAACCGCCGCCGGCGAAAAUCACACCAGAUAAAUCAAGAAACUCACAAGUCACAGACGGAAAGUGCCCGCAAUUCUUCCUCUGAGAAUCUCACAAGGUCUCCACCGGAUUCUGGGGUUCAUAAUCCGUCGUCUUCAGUGACUGUGGCAGUAUCCCCACCUCGAAUGUUUUUGGAUUGUUUCAAGCAAAGAACAUAUCAAGCUACUCCAUCUUCUUCCUCAGCAUCAUCAAGCUCACUGUUUUUCUCAAGUGGGUAGUAGUGCCACUGAAAUUCAAGAGAGCAGUAACAUAGUGUUUACGUCUAAUUUUCAUGUUCAUUUUCAUUUUCGUUUUCUUAAAUUUCAAUGUUCACCCUUGAAUUGGUGUUAUUUUAUAACAUCAAAAUGGAUUAUUAUCAACUAAUUAUAUAUAUAUAUAUAUUUAUAAAUAUCUAGUUUUUGUUGUAAA